AUGGACGCUAAGAUCGCCCAGUUCUGCCAGGUGACCGGCUGUGCCGAUCCCGCGAAGGCUAGGUUCUUCCUCGAGUCCUCCAACGGCGAGAUCGACGCGGCGAUCAGCGCCUUCUUCGAGCACGGCGAUCAGGACGUUCCCGUCGCGGCCAACCCCGACCCUGCCCCGACGGAACCCGCGGGAGGCGCGUCGGGCACGGGCACCGCGCCGCCCGCGCGCGCCUCGUCCAACCCCCGUCGCGGCCCCGCGAGGCUCGAUAACGUCAGGGGCCUCGGCGACGUGCGCGGCGACGGCGACGACGACGACGACGACGACAAGCCCCAGGAGUGGUACACCGGCGGCGCGCAGUCCGGCAGCGUCGUGCAGGACCCGAAGAAGAAGCCGAGCAGGGUGGAGGAUAUCCUCGACGGCGCGCGCGCGGCGGGCGCGGUGGACGGCACCGCGGAUGAUCUCAACCCCUCGGGAUCUGACAAUCCCAACACAGCUGGCGGCGCGAGAAGAACCGCAUUCUCCGGAUCGGGCCGGACCCUCGGCGGAAACGGCCGGGAAUCCACCGCAGUGGGCGUCCCACCCGACGCGGCGGGCUCCGCCGAGGGAGGAGCCCCGCCGGGUGCGACGACCCCGACCCCGACGUCGCACGUCAUCACGUUUUGGCAAAACGGGUUCACCGUCGACGCGGGGGGCGAACUUCGAAGGUACGACGAUCCCGCCAACGCGCCGUUCAUGCAGGCGGUGGCCAACGGCCAGUGCCCGCCCGAGCUGGCGCCGGCGGACAGGAACCAGCCCAUCAACAUCAACCUGGUGCGCAAGGAGACGGAGUACGAGCCGCCGCCCGAGCCCAAGUACCGAGCGUUCCAGGGGUCGGGCCGGACCCUGGGAGGAUCCUCCUCCGGACCUUCCUCGGACGCCGCCGCCGCCGCCGGGGGUGCGGGGGUGACCCCGGGGGGAUCCUCCUCCGGGCCCUCCUCGGACGCCGCCGCCGAGGGUUCCGGAGCCGGCGCGUGGAGCGUGGACGAGGGCGCGCCGACGACGUCCGUUCAGCUCAGACUCAGGGACGGGAGCCGCGUGGUGGGCAGGUUUAACCUUACGCACACCGUCGCGGACGUGAGGGCGUUCAUCGCGUGCGCGUCGCCCGCGAACGCGUCGGGGACGUACUCGCUGCAGCUGUCGGGGUUCCCGCCAAAACGGUUGGAGGACGAGGCGCAAGCCGUGGGCGACGGGCUGGCAAACUCGGUGAUCAUCCAGCGGUGA